UAUGUAAUCUGGAGAAGAAUUUGAGCAAAAGGGGUCAACCUACCAAAAGUUAAACCACCCCACUGCAAUUGCACCUAAUACAAAAAUAGUUGAUUUACAUUAUAUUUAUUUAUAAAUAAUGAUUUUAUAAUCACAUUGUUUUGAACUUUAAAAUUAUUUUUAUCUUUGGAUAGAAUUCAUGGUGCGCUUUUGAACAUGGAGGAAAUUGACACAACAACAGAUCGCUAUGGCGGACCACGUGUUGACCACGAAUGUUGAUCUCGGUUUUAUCGAGAAAACCGAUUCUAGAUUAUUAAAAAGUAAAUAUUUUCCAAGCAAAGUUGGUGGAAAACCAGCCUGGCUCUCAUUGGCACCAUUGCCUGAUCCGUCGGACUUGUCCUGCUCAGUUUGUGGCGCAUCAUUAACAUUUCUUCUGCAAAUCUAUUCGGCGAGAAAAUCAUCGCAUGCAUUUCAUAGGACUAUAUUUAUUUUUAUCUGUCGCAAUCCUUCGUGUUCUCAAGAGAAUUCUAACCGUAACUUUAAAGUUUAUCGAUCACAGCUUCCACGGGUAAAUGAAUUUUAUAGUUCUGAGCCACCUGAUGAAAAUGUUCCGGAAGACGAAGCGAUGAAGUUGUCCUCGUAUCAGGUGCCACCUCUCUGUCGAAUCUGUGGGGUACUGGCUCUAAAGAGAUGUGCUCGUUGCCAUAAAGCUGACUACUGCAGUAAAGAUCACCAGACUCUUGAUUGGAAAAUUCACAAGAAAAUGUGCAGUAUUGAUGAACAGCCACAUUCAAAAAAUACGAAAGACAAAGACGUACGACAUUCAACAUUUCUAUUCUGCGAAGCUGAACUUGUCACAGAGCCAGAAGAAUGGGAACAAGGUGGUGACGAGAAGAGUGAAGAAGAAAGACUGAAAGAAUACAAAGACUUUUUGAAAACUUCCCAGGCAGAGAAAAUGCUUGAUGGUAAAGAUGAAACUGAUCUAGACAUGAUGGCAGCUGCGGAUUCGGAAGACACCAAGCAAUUUACCAAGUUUAAAGCCAGAAUAUCUACAGAUAGCCAACAGGUUUUGCGCUACGACCGAGGAGGAGAGCCGUUGUGGGUGUCGGCACACAACAAACCAACGAGUAUUCCCAAAUGUCAGUGUGGAGCUGAAAGAGAAUUUGAAUUCCAGGUUCUUCCACAGCUUCUCUGUCACCUUGGAGUGGACAGUCUCGGUGAUAGUAUUGACUGGGGAACUCUUUGUGUCUACACAUGUCGGCAGAGUUGUGAUAUUGGAACCAGGUAUCAAGAUGAGUUUCUCUGGAAACAAGACAUCUUCAUUUCAAAAUCUGAAAAAUAGUUCCAACUUGAUACACUUCACUCAGAAAACAUCCAGAAACAGAUGUAUUUUUUUAACUGAAUUUGUUUUACUGUUUUGUUAAUAAACAGGGCACUUGUGGAAUAAUAUGAAGGGAGGAGGGUAUUUGAAUGUUUACCUGGAUUUUAGUUGAGGCAAGUGAAGUUAUCAUUCCUAAGUGGUGAAUUUGGCUUGGAAAAAAAAAUCAACACAUAUAAAAUGUUGACAACUGUUUUGUUCACCCUAAGAGUAAAAACUUGAUCCAUUUGAAGUCUUCCAAAACAAAAUUCACAAUGUAGUCUGACAUGGGUGUUUUGCAGAUGGUGGAAUGUGUAAAAAUGUGUACCUUCGUCUGUUUUUGAGGGUAUCGACUUGUACUCUAAAAGCUACAUAGUGACAUUGUUGGGGUUUUUGAAAGGUUAAAAAAUAAUUUAAAUGUUCCUUUAUGCCUUGCAAAGACUCCUAAUACAAUAGUGAAACCGUCUUCUAGCAUCAUUCAAUUUAUUAAGAAGUAUGAAACGUCUAUCAUCAAAAGCAGAGGUGGUGCUGUUGUGUUGUCAUAACAACCAAAACACUGGAUUGAUACAUAGAAGUCCAUACCAUCCAAACAAAGUCAUGAAAGAAAGAAAGAAAGAAAUGUUUUAUUUAACGACGCACUCAACACAUUUUAUUUACGGUUAUAUGGCAUCAGACAUAUGGUUAAGGACCACACAGAUUUGGAGAGAAACCCA